GGUAGAAUUAGCAAGCGAGCUAAUCGAAGUAUCUUUUUAAACAGAUAGGCUUGCCUUGAAGUAUCACCAUGCCGUUCUCGGAAUUGUAUUUUAACGUCGAUAAUGGCUAUUUGGAAGGCCUGGUUAGAGGUUUUAAGGCUGGAAUAUUAACUCAAGCCGACUACUUGAAUCUUGUUCAGUGUGAAACAUUGGAAGACCUGAAGCUGCACCUGCAGAGCACAGACUAUGGGAGUUUCCUGGCCAAUGAGGCUUCCCCUCUUACCGUCUCUGUCAUCGACGACAAGCUGAAAGAAAAGAUGGUGGUGGAAUUUCGCCACAUGAGGAAUCAGUCCUACGAGCCCCUGGCCAGCUUCAUGGAUUUCAUCACAUACAGCUACAUGAUUGACAAUGUGAUUCUGCUCAUCACGGGAACGCUGCACCAGCGAGCCAUCUCUGAACUGGUCCCCAAGUGCCACCCACUGGGCAGCUUUGAGCAGAUGGAGGCUGUCAACAUAGCCCAGACCCCGGCUGAGCUGUACAAUGCCAUCCUAGUGGACACGCCCCUUGCUGCUUUCUUUCAGGACUGUAUAUCUGAACAGGACUUGGAUGAGAUGAACAUUGAGAUCAUCAGAAACACACUCUACAAGGCCUAUCUGGAGGCUUUCUAUAAGUUCUGCUCCAACCUCGGAGGAACCACAGCGGAAACAAUGUGCCCUAUUCUGGAGUUUGAGGCCGACAGGAGGGCUUUUAUCAUCACCAUAAACUCCUUUGGGACAGAGCUGUCUAAAGAGGACAGGGCUAAACUCUUCCCACACUGUGGCAAACUGUAUCCUGAGGGGCUGGCCCAGCUGGCCCGCGCUGAUGACUACGAACAGGUCAAAGCUGUGGCCGAUUACUACCCUGAAUACAAGCUCUUGUUUGAGGGAGCUGGCAGCAACCCAGGGGACAAAACACUGGAAGAUCGCUUCUUUGAACACGAGGUGAAGCUGAAUAAACUGGCUUUUCUCAACCAGUUCCACUUCAGCGUCUUCUACGCCUACGUCAAACUGAAGGAGCAGGAGUGUCGGAAUAUCGUCUGGAUUGCCGAGUGCAUUGCCCAGCGACACCGCGCCAAGAUCGACAACUACAUCCCCAUUUUCUAAUGACACUCCUUCCAGGCUCCCUCCUCCCACGUCCUCCGAGGUCGUCCACCUCUGUGUUCCUGUUCCCGUCAUAAUCCACUGUACUGUAAAUUAUAUUUGUUUGUUUACUAUAAUGUGUAAUAAUCUUCUGCUUCAAAACAAGUGUAUGUAUGUAUGUAUGUAUGUAUGUAUGUCUGUGUGUGUGUGUGUGUGUCUGGCUCCCUAGUACAUUCAUAUUCAUGAAGUUGGGCCUUCCUGGAUUGAGUUUGCAUAGUCUUAUUGUUUUGUUUGUCUUGGAAUGAUGAGGGGCCACGCUGCGAUCUGAGCUGUACGUGUGAAAAGAACGCAAAGACACAAGGUUAACAUCAGUCUAAUGGUCCGUGGUCACACUGAAAGUGUCCCUAUUAUCUCUCUGUUUAUAUGGUAACUGCAGAAGCAUAUUACAACGACCGCCCAGUUGAAACAGGUUCAGCUUUAAUACGUUUCUCAUGUAGUAAUGAUCAUCCAGAUAUAAUUAUUAACUGCAAUCUAUCAACAUACAUGUUUCUGUAGAUUUAUCGGUGUAGUUACCAUAUGAACACAAAAGAAUAACAGACACUUAAUGUGAAAUGGACCCUUUACUUUUUUUAUGCUUAAGCAGAAACCUCAGUUGCCUGACAUUCCUCACUGAUAUAAUUAACAGACUAUCGCUGUGCAGUGUUAAAAUCCUUAGUAAGAUCAGUUCCAAAACCACAAAACACUACUACAAAAUGUAAAGAGCUAGUUAUGAAUGAAAAUGCUGGAGGUUUGUAGACAGAGAGGACACAUUGUUCCACGGGGUCACUGGUUCAUUCUCCCAAGGUCUCACGUCUGUGUUGGACCCAGCUGCCCUGUGUUGGCAGCUCUAGCCAGCCUGUCAAAGUCCACAGCUCCCUGUUAGAGAGAACCAGCCGCACUGUCCAUUAGGCUGGGGUGUGCAGGCCCAGCGACUCAGUGCAGGGAGAAUGGAGCCUGUUAAUCAAAUUGGGUUAAAGAUUGAAGCAUUCCAUUCUCUUCUGUAUUUAAAUUGGUGGUGAGAACCAGGAAGGGGUUUCUUUUUUCCCCCCUUUUUUUUGUUGGAAAAAAAAAAAUACAAGAAGACGGUGCCCAUUCUGUUUAAGAUAGCAUGUGGUAUUUUUAAUCUUUAAUUGCAAAAAAACCCCCAAAAAAACCCUUACACUCAAAUGUCGCUUGCUUAAGCAUUCCUGAUUCUCUCUGGGUUUGUGAAAAUAUGUGUGAAUUGUGAGAUUUACCUUUUGUAAAUUAGUGCAGAAUUCUGUGUAAAGUUAACUUAUGUUCAAGAUCAAAAUGUGUGAUUGAAAGCAAAACAUGUAUGGUAGAGUUGAUGAUAAAUUCUACAUGAUAAAAAUGUUCACUUGAUGUAUAAUGUCUUGCAUUGCUGUAACCAUGUUGCUUGUUGUGUU